UAAAAAAUAUUUCAACUAAAUAAAAACUACUAUAGUAGUAGUGAAUACAUACUACUACUACUAACUAUAAUUAUAAUAAAAAACAACAACAGCAAAACUAAAUAAAUAACCGCAGCAAACAAAACAAAAAAAAGAAGAUUAUUAUUGACAAAGAAGGUUAAAAAUACCACAAUACGUUUGUACAAGGAUUGAAAUAACAGAACCCCCAACCACCCUCUCUAAACCGCCCACACAACACAAUUAAAGUAACGUGUUUCAAGGUUUAAGGAAAAACUAAUAAAAUAACAAAAUCACAAGACUCUUUACUGUGUAAGUGAAAGCGUUUGUGUGUGAAACUUAUUUGUUUAGAAGGGAAACAACAACUACAACUAGAACUACCGUUAGACACAUACAACAUGAUUAAUAUCGCUGGUGUUGUGAGCAUUGUGCUCUUUUAUUUACUCAUCUUAUUUGUGGGUAUUUGGGCUGGUCGUAAAAAGGAAUCCGGCAAUGAUUCUGAGGAGGAGGUCAUGCUGGCUGGCCGUUCUAUUGGCCUUUUUGUGGGCAUCUUUACAAUGACCGCAACCUGGGUAGGCGGCGGUUACAUUAAUGGUACAGCAGAAGCUAUUUAUACUUCCGGUUUGGUUUGGUGUCAGGCUCCCUUUGGCUAUGCCUUGAGUUUGGUGUUUGGUGGUAUAUUCUUUGCCAAUCCUAUGCGUAAACAAGGUUACAUUACCAUGUUGGAUCCUUUGCAAGAUUCGUUUGGUGAACGUAUGGGUGGCCUAUUGUUUUUACCCGCCCUCUGUGGUGAAGUUUUUUGGGCAGCUGGUAUUUUGGCCGCUUUGGGUGCUACACUUUCUGUGAUUAUUGAUAUGGAUCAUCGUACAUCGGUUAUUUUAUCUUCAUGCAUUGCCAUCUUUUAUACACUCUUUGGUGGUCUCUAUUCGGUGGCCUAUACGGAUGUCAUACAAUUGUUUUGUAUUUUUAUUGGUUUGUGGAUGUGUAUACCGUUCGCAUGGGCCAAUGAACAUGUGAAAAGUCUGUCAUCAAUGGAUGUCGAUUGGAUUGGUCAUGUAGAUCCGGAGCAGAGGUGGUUUUAUAUAGACUAUGGUCUGUUGUUAAUAUUUGGUGGUAUACCUUGGCAGGUAUAUUUCCAACGUGUUUUAUCCAGUAAGACUGCAAGUCGUGCACAAAUUUUAUCCUAUGUAGCUGCAGCAGGUUGUAUUCUAAUGGCUAUCCCACCGGUAUUAAUAGGCGCUAUUGCCAAAGCUACACCUUGGAAUGAAACCGAUUACACUGGACCCUAUCCGUUAACAGUGCAAGAAACUAGUAUGAUUUUACCUAUGGUAUUACAGUAUUUAACACCCGAUUUUGUAUCGUUCUUUGGUCUGGGUGCCGUCUCAGCUGCUGUUAUGUCCUCAGCCGAUUCGUCUGUUUUGUCCGCCGCUUCAAUGUUUGCACGAAAUGUUUACAAGUUAAUAUUUCGUCAAAAGGCUUCCGAAAUGGAAAUUAUAUGGGUGAUGAGAGGUGGCAUUAUAGUUGUGGGUAUAUUAUCGACCAUAAUGGCCUUGACUAUACCCUCGAUCUAUGGUUUGUGGUCCAUGUGUUCCGAUUUGGUCUAUGUGAUAUUAUUUCCACAACUCUUAAUGGUGGUACAUUUCAAGAAACACUGCAAUACUUAUGGCAGUUUAGCGGCUUAUAUUAUAGCACUUUUCAUACGUCUAUCGGGUGGUGAGGCUUUAUUGGGUUUACCCGCCCUUAUACAUUUCCCCGGUUAUGAUGAAGAAAAUCAAACACAAUUAUUUCCCUUCCGUACAAUGGCCAUGAUUUUAAGUUUGAUUACAUUAAUUUUAGUUUCAUGGUGGACUAAAAUGAUGUUUGAAUCCGGUAAAUUACCACCAAGUUAUGAUGUGUUCCGUUGUGUGGUGAAUAUACCGGAAGAUGUGGUUAGAGUUGGUGAACCAGCAGAGUCGGGAGAACAGCUUUCUGUCAUGGCUGGUCCAUUGGCACGAUCAUAUGGUGCCGCCACAAUGGCGGGCAAAGAUGAGCGUAACGGACGCAUAAAUCCAGCAUUAGAAACUGACGACGAUGAUCUUCCCAUUAACGAAGCAAAACGAUUAAAUCAACAAACGGCACAAGAACAAGUACAAAGAAUGUUAAGCAGCGCCACCGGACAAAAUCGAAGAGACAGUGAUGACGAAGGUAGUGUCGGGGGUGGUGUUAAUAGUGGUAGUGCUUAUCAUCAGGCUGGAGGAGGUGGAGGUAAGGCUGUGCCAACUGUUGAGCAAGACAAUACUGCCUUUUAAACAAAAUAGAAAAGUUAAACUAAAAAAAAAAAAAAAAAAAAAAAAUAAAAAAUAACUAAAAAGUACACAAGUUAAACUAUAAACCUUUUUGAUGAAUUCAAAGAAAUAAUAAGAAAAGGGAAAUGUGCUUAAACGAACAAAAUAAACGAUUUAAAACGCUCACUAUAAAAUUAAAACAAAAAAUUAAAUAAACAAAUAUUAAAAAAGAAAUUAACUGUAGAUCCUACACUAAAAAAAGUAAUAUGUACUAAUAAUAAAAGAAAUAUAGUAAAAUUAAUGAAAUGAAACUAACAACAAAUUUAGUAAGGAUUCUAGAAUUAAAAACACUCUAGAGAAUAUUUACCACAAACCAAAUAUAGUAGUUAUUCUAAAUUGAAAUUCUGAAAAAUGUGUGUAAAUAAAUAUUUAAAUACUCAUUAACCAAAAUUAAAUUAACAAAAAAGCAAUGUUAUUAAUUGUAUUAUUGGAGUGUUAGAAAACAAAUCCUUAGUUAUCUUCCCUAAAGCUUGUUCUUUUAUAAUUCAGCUUAGUUUUUUUUAAGAAAAAGGUUUUUAUUAAGUUAAAAAAAGCUUACAUUUUAAAUAAAAUAGUUAAUUGUUAAAUAUAUGUAUAUGCUCAGGUAU